AUGACUCAUACCAACAUUUCUACUGAUCAAUCAGCUCUUCUUUCAUUGAAAUCCCAAAUCAUUUCGGACCCCUUUCACUUGUUGGAUGAAAGUUGGUCUCCAGCUACUUCUGUUUGUCAUUGGGUUGGAGUCACUUGUGGUUCUCGUCACCAGAGAGUGAAGUCAUUGAAUAUUUCCAACAUGGUGCUUACAGGCAGAAUUCCCGCUAAUAUCGGAAACCUCACAUUUCUUGUUUCUCUUGACCUUGGUAGCAACAAUUUCUAUGGAAAUUUGCCUCAAGAAAUGGCACAUUUGCGUCGGUUAAGGUUUAUUAGACUUAGUUUUAACAACUUCAGUGGAGAGGUUGCUUCUUGGUUCGGGGUCUUACACCAACUUCAAGUUCUGACUCUAAGGAAUAAUAGUUUCAAUGGUUCCAUCCCCUCUUUAUUUUCUAAUAUUUCCACGCUUCAAACUUUGGAUUUGACAUUCAAUUUGAUAGGAGGGAAGAUCCCAAAAGAGAUUGGAAAUCAUAAACAUCUAAGAUUUUUAAGGUUAGGAGGAAACAAGUUUAUAGGUUCUAUCCCUCUGUCUCUCUCAAAUGCCUCAAUGUUGGUAAAUCUAGAUCUUUCUUCCAAUUUCCUUCAAGGAAACAUCCCAGAAGAGAUUGGAAAUCUUCAAAACCUAAAAUUUUUGGCAAUAGACUCUAAUCAACUUACAGUAAUGGAAGCUGUUGAUGCCAACUUAAUAACGCCACGGGAUAAUCACUUAGAUAGAAAGUUAGAGUGUGUGAUAUCUAUCAUGAAAGUGGCAAUGGAUUGUUGUGUUGAAUCUCCUAGUGGAAGGAUUGACAUGAAAGAUGUUGUAGUGAGGCUAAAGACAAUCCAGAUUCAACUCAUUGCAUGUUGA